AUGUCGUAUUCGUAUAUGUUUAAGUAUAUUAUCAUUGGUGAUACAGGCGUCGGAAAGUCUUGCCUUCUUUUGCAAUUUACCGACAAGCGCUUUCAACCUGUUCACGAUCUUACAAUUGGCGUUGAGUUUGGUGCACGAAUGAUUACUCUCGAUGGAAAACAGAUCAAACUUCAAAUAUGGGAUACGGCUGGACAAGAGACUUUCCGGUCAAUUACACGCUCCUACUACCGAGGGGCAGCUGGGGCUUUGCUUGUUUAUGACAUCACUCGGCGUGAUACUUUCCUACAUUUGGCUCCUUGGUUGGAGGAUGCAAAGCAGAAUUCGAGUUCAAACAUGGUCAUAAUGUUGAUUGGCAACAAGUCAGAUUUGGAAAGUCGUCGAAGUGUACGAAAAGAAGAAGGGGAAGCUUUCGCUCGUGAACACGGGCUUAUUUUCUUGGAAACUUCUGCUAAAACAGCAGCAAAUGUUGAAGAAGCUUUUAUUGAAACUGCAAGGUCAAUAUACGAAAAAAUUCAAGAAGGUGUUCUGGAUUUGAACAACGAGGCCAACGGCAUUAAAAUUGGUCCAAGCAACUACCCUUCGGGAAUUUCAUCUUCAGGUUCAAAUGCGCCCAGAGGAUCAUCGAGUGGUUGCUGUUAA